AUGCAUCCGAUCCGGUUCAAUCGGUAUGUUGAGAAUAGUGAUUAUAAUGAUGAGGAUGAUGACGAUGAUGAUGAUGAUGAUGAUGAUGAGGAGGAGGAGGAGGAGGAGGAGGAGGCUGAUCACCGUGAUACUGCUGAUCACGGUCCCAGUUGCACUGUCCGCAAUUACGAUCCUCCCUGGAUGAGAAAAUGUGCCUACUCUAAAACCAAGUCAAGUCACAACUUAGCAAGGAUCACUUCGUUGCAUCUAGAUGACACAUGUGCACGGCAUUUCGAGUGGCUUUUAUGCUCAGUCACGGGAUAA